UCUCAAUGGGCUUGAGCUGGUUUCACCUCAUUUAACUUACAACAUGAAAGCUGCAAUGUGCAACGUUGAAAUCAUCCCCUCCUGCAUUCAUUUUGACAUUUCACUAAUCAAGGCAACCUGUGCAAUUAUUACUUUUUCCGUAAUUAGUGAGAGACACACGCUGGUGAAACACGCAGCUCCGACAAUCUGCGAUCUGUCGUGUACAUGGUGCUUGUGAGUCGCUUCUGUGAGGCCCACAACGUCAGCAGCUCCUGACCCUAAAAAAGGCUUUAUGAGAAGUCUCAGAAGCUGAGACUCAACCAGAGACCUCUCCACGUCCGCGGACCUUGUUGGGGCUUUAGGCGGGAAAGUGUCUACAAAAACUGUCACAAAAAUGAACCGAGUUUCAGCACCUCAGUUGCCCCAUAUGAAAAUACAAAUACUGCAUAAAUCUAGAGAAGCUGUAGAAAAAAAUCUGAAGUUUUGGACGAAAGAGCGAGACGAGACAGUUGAGUUCUACCUCCUGUGUUAAGAUGAGUCUCAUCUCUGCAGUAGUGACGGUUGGUUAAGACAACUGCAUUCACUGCUCUUCACCAUUUGUCAAGCCUGAUCACAAUCUUAAAACCACGGCACAAGCCAUUUCCUCAUACCAGGAACAUUUCCUGGUUGGUUGUUUGUUUUCAUGCUGGAUAAUCUACCAUGUGGGAGGAAAGAAGGCAGGGAGAGUAAAAGAGCGGCUGUCUUACCAAGCAUAUGAGUUAGUGUUGGUAUUAAAUUAGUCUUUGCAUAGAGAGAUAACACAUUCGCUAUGCCGCCGUCUCUGCUGCUGCUGCUGCUGCUGCUGCUGGUCUGCAGCUCGCAGGCACAUCAUUUUUAUGGCACAGUGAUAACCUACUACCCAAAAAACACUAACACAGAUGGAUCUGUCAAGGUGGUCCUUCGCUAUAAGCUGAACUUCCACAGGUGCAGAGAAAUUGACUCGUGGGAUUGCCUCAGCGGGGACUGUGGGAGUCAGGGAUCUGUCAUGCUAAACCAGGUCGAUGGGGAUAGCCGUGAAGAGUGUCAGACGGAGGGGAUCGAGACCCGCCAGGUUCCCAGUGACGCUUCUUUUCAGCUGGUGUUGGACGGUGGUAGAUGGAUAAAUAACAGAAAUGGCAUCACAUCAUGGAGAGCCGUGACUCUGGUUGAACUGAAGAGCCGGUCCGACACCGGCAAAGCAAACACAUCACCCCAAACCACAUUCCUGCCAGCUGUGAGAGUUCCUUCAAACUGUCAGAGAGAUUUCAACCUGUUGGCGUUUGACCCUGAUGGGGACGAGGUGAAGUGCAGAUAUGGAAGCACGUCGCACACGUCACAGAAAGAGUGUAACCCCUGCACACCACCGUCAGUCCUCACCCUUUCAUCAUCUUGCACUCUGUCAUUCAGCGCCACAAGUACCAGUGAUCAAGGUCUAUACGCUGUCCAGCUGGUGAUGGAGGACUUUCCCAGGCGGACUAUCACCCUGACUCAAACCAACGGGGUGGAGACAACAAUAACUACCAACGAUGCUAUCAGCAAAAUACCCGUCCAGUUUGUUUUAUUGGUGGAUCCUGUGGUGUCAUCCUGCGCAGAGGGACUCUAUUUGCCCGAGUUCCUUCCUCCAACCCCAGCCAACAGAGCUCGGCUGUACACCUCUGUCAGUCAGUCCCUGGAAAUCAACAUCAGUGCACAAGCAAGUAACUCCACGAUCUCUGAGCUGCUGUUCAGUGGCCCGUACAACAUACACCAUACUACAGUGGCAGCAGGACGGCACAUCCUUACGUGGACGCCAUAUCCAAACGAAGACGGGGAAAGCCAUCCCAUCUGCUUUGUCGUCCAGGCAGUUUCCAAUUCAACGAUAUAUCAAUCAGAGCUUCGAUGUGUCAUUGUGACGGUGGGACCUGACCCAACAACAGCCACACCAACUACAACCACUGCGGCAUCCACAACAACCACCCCACUAACCACAACCACCGUCGAGACAACAACUACUGCACCAACUUCCAGUUCACAGCCCACAACCAUCAUUUCCGCUGUUCCAACUACGACUACGCCUCAAACCACAACAUCGCCGCCAAUGACCACCACCGCUGCACUGACAACAGCUAACACGGACGGCGCGACUACCGUCCUGUCGACUACAACCAUCACUACUACGAGUACAACCACGGCUCCUUCGACAACUACGCCCGCCACAGCAACAAGUCCAUCAGCAGCUUCCCCAACACCUGUAAUCAACGUCUUGAAUAAAGUCAUCGUAGGUCUGAGGAUGAAGAUCUCCUCUUCAUCUCCACUGUCUGAGGACUACGUCAGGAACACUGUCAUACCACAAUUCUGCCUCUUUGUGCCCAGAUAACCGCGAUAAUGCCUCAGCACCGCUGUCUGUUUCCUUCUCCAGCUGAAAGAAGAGCUGGUGCGAAAAGGGCUGCCAGCAGACAUCCGUCUAUGCCGCGUCACCAGGGUGUAACUGGAAGAAACAACCACGGCGGUGGAGUUUACUGACCCUUGUUUUUGCUUCAAAUGCGCUAUUCUCAGGAGCUUUUUCCAACGCAGUUCUCGCAGCAGUUUUAGUUUUUGGAAAUUUCAUGUUUAUUAAGUCGUAUAUCUCCAGUCAAAUGAAUUCCCACUUGCCCUCGUACAGUUGGAAGCCUCCAAGAUAAAUUUUAGUGAUCCUUUCUGUGGCAGCACAUAACAGGGAACAUGUGCCAACUUUCAGCGGCAUAAUGCUGCUGCUGUUGCCUGAAAAUGCCUACUGUGAUUUUAAAACAUCUUUUUUCUAAAAUGAUUUUGAAUAUUUUCAAUGCCCACAUUUUUCUGUGUGCAGAAAACCGAUAGUUCCUAUUAUCAGAUUUACAAAUCAGCUCUGUUGGCCAUGUGUUUUUUACUUACUUGCUGACUGACUC